UCGUCUGUAUGCAGUCUGCAUCUGCAGUGUCUUGUAUGCGUUUUGUGUUUAUUUUCUUUCAAUUUGCGUUUAUUGGUCCAGUAUGAUCUUGAAUUAACUAUUCCAAUUUUGUCAACUAAAAUUUGAAAUAAUGGCAGACUUUGAUGCCAUCUACGAAGAAGAGGAAGAGCAUGAGGAAAAUGUGGAAGACAAUUAUGUGGCGUUAGUGCCAGAUCCAGUGGUUAUACGAGGUGCUGGCAAUAUGACUGUUUUUGGAUUAAGUAACCGAUUCGACACAGAGUUCCCGAAUGACUUGGUGUCAAGGGUGGCCCCCGAAGAGUUCAAGGCGACUGUUUUGCGCGUCAACUCUGUCCUGAAGAAGACUCUGCCUGUGAAUGUGCGCUGGCUGUUCUGCGGCUGUGUGUGCUGCUGUUGCACGCUUGGCUGCUCCUUAUGGCCCGUCAUCUGCCUCAGUAAACGAACGCAACACUCAUUAGACAAGCUGUUAGAAUGGGAGAACAGUCAUUUGUACCAUAAACUUGGUAUGCACUGGAGACUCGCCAAACAAAGAUGUGACUCAUCAUCCAUGAUGGAAUACGUUUUGCUCAUCGAAUUCAUUCCAAAGAUCCCGAUCUACAGGCCAGACUAGUUGAGGAUGACGAUGCUGAAGAUCAUCCUAAUCACUGCAAGGCCUAAUUUGCGUAUGGCGUGAAUGAAUCCAACAACCAUCAAGCUCUCACUUAAUUGCUGUACAUCUUUUGUACAGCUAAUUUUUACCAUGUAAUUCGACAGAUUUCCUACGAUGUACAUUUGAGUCUAGUUGUAAGAAAACAGGUAUCGAAGAAUGGGGUUGAUCUCCAAUUUUGGGAAUAGUGCAAAAAGGUAUAACGAAUUUUUGCUCAUGAUUUCUGAGAGACAGGAAGGCUUUUUUAAAAGUAUGACUUUGAUGUAAUGUGACUAAAUCGAAAAUAAUUCGAGAUUCAAAUUGAUUCACAAAAUGCGACUAAUCAACCAUUGGUUAGUAAUCAUUAACUAUUCUGAAAUAAAUAAAACAUCAUAUCCGACUAAAUUCAGGUGACAGAAGAUUUUUACUUUAUAACUCGGUUGCCUAGACUGAAAAAUGUUGUAAAUAAUAUUGGUAACAAUUUAAAUCUCGUGCUAGCGUUAUAAAAAUAUUUUGUUAAUAAGAAUUAUUAUUGAAUCAAUUUACAAACAUCACAUAACAUUAAGCUCAUCACAUUCACAUAAUAAUAAUCAUCAUCAGAUUCUUUCAAUAAAAAAUUUAUACGUAAAUCAGUAAUUAAUAAUUAUCCUUUCCUUUGUGCAUUUUUCAAUUGAAAACUGAUUGCACUUUUACACAUUGAUCUAGGAAUGUAUUGCAUAAUUUCACUGCUAUUUCGAAUUGUAACUCAUUUUUCUAUAAUUAUGUAUCAAUAUGAUGUUUAUAAGUGAAAUUUUAUUUGUUAGAACAUGAUGAGAGUAACUAUUAUGAGUUAGUUUUACAUUAUUGAUGAAAAUAAUGCGUAAUUGAAUCGACAAUAUUCCUAUUUUCAUAGGUUUUGAAAAAAAUAGAAAAUAAGUUUUAAUGAAAAAUGGUGAUUAAAACUUUUUACUACUAUGGAAUUAUUAGCAUUUGAUUCGAUAAGUGAUAAAAUGUAUAAUACAGCUAGGCUAAUAUCUGAGAGUUAUUUUGGCUUGAAUUCAGACAAUAGAAGUUUUCUAGUGUAACUUAACUGUCUUUCCAUGACAGUGAAGAAGUAAUUUUUCAACAUUAUCAUAACCACAUGGUUUUAUUUUGUUGAUUUCCUCUGUAUCUAAUAAAACUGACAUUAUUUUAUGUGUUAUCCCCAUGAAAAUUCACAUUUCAAUCACUUUCAGCUACAAUCAUGAUAGAAUCAAAAUAAAUUAUGUCCUUGUAUAUUAUAUAUUUUGAGCGUGUAGAACAAAAUUGUUAGGGCAGUGUAUUGCCACUGAAUUCGGAUAAGAUUUGUUGCUUUAAUAUGGAAAUUUUUGGACAUAAACUUGAGGAACUAUCCAUUACUAUUUUAGACUUGAUAAUAAAAAUUAAGUUUUAGUUUAGUUCUUUUUGGUACGGUAAUUGAUUUACUGUCAUCUCGCCUAAAACUGUGAUUAUCCUCAAGAUCGUGUAUUUUGAAUGCAAAAUUCAAGCAAUUUACGAUAUCUUCAUUAUUUUGUUAUUCUAUCAUGCAGUAAAUACAUUUAUACAGUUCCUCUAUUUGUGUAAGAAUUCUCGAUCAUUUUUAGUAGAAUUAUAUGUUUUAAUUUAUUCUUGAUUGGAAGAGUUUAUCUACCAUCCGGUAGUCUCUAACAUGCCUUGUUUCUCAAUUACUCACCACUCCUGUUUGUAUCUUACAAAAUAAUGGCAAUACUGUUUGUUAUAUAAUAACCUUCUGUACACGGUUUUAGAUUAACAAUAUUUAUUUUCAUUCCAAAUGUAUUUACUGUACAGUAAAUACAAUUAGCCUAUACUGUUAUGAUAUUUCUAUUAUCAGUCUAUUCAGUUAUCCGUCACUCCAGGUCCCGAAGAUGAGGUUCAAUUGUACCAAAAAUUCUUAUUCUUGGCGUUAAAAAUAACUUCAAGAAAAUAUAAGACUUCAUAUGAUCUCCAAUUACUCGAUCCACCAAUAAUUCGCGGGAAUUUUAUAUUAGAAAAUUUGUGUCAAUAUUCAAUUUAAAAUUCAUGAAACCAUAUUACAGCCAAACCAUUGAACAAUAGUGAAUCUUCAGUCUCUAAAAUUUUCUUUCAAUUGAUAAUAAAUAAAGCAACAGAUUAAUUAUUGAAAAAAUCCAAGAGUUGGCUUGAACCCAAGGUACCUAGAAUACAUUACAAUGUAUUCUAGGUACAUUGGCUUGAACCAAACGAAAGUUCAGAUUCACAUUGAAAUGAAAUAUCCGGGCACAAUACGAUAAAAUGUUAGCAUAGACUAGGUAAUACACAAGUAAAUAGCCAAAGGCGUCAUUUUUCAUUUGCAUUUCAGUAGCUCAACAACUUCAUUAACUAUUAUUUAUAUCAAAUAUUUACAUUAGAAUGGGUACUACUUCGAAACAAGGCAAAAACUGACUUUUCAAUUUUUUCCCAUUAAAGCAUUAAUACGUUUAUAAAAUAAAUUACUCAAUUAUGAGUGAUACUAAUUAUGUUAGGUACUAAUUGUUUUGUUUUUUUUAAUAAUUCUCAUUCUAUGAUGGCUCGAACUCGGUAGAAACGUUUGGAGGAGACAGCACAAUUUAAAUAAAUACGGUAAAUAUAAUGAUAUUGUAGUUUUUCUUAUGAUAUUCCUUGUUAUUUGUGUGUAUGAAUGCUUGUUUUCAACAACUUUCUCAUAACCCUGAUGUACUAAAAUUGUAAAUUAUGUUUUCAUAAUUUCAUCCAAAUAGCAGAAUUUGUAAGUUAUUAUUCUAAAAUAAUAUUAUAUAUUUUUUUAAUCAGCUUCUGUUUUACGGUAAUCUAUAAAUGUUCUUACAUUUCUCAAUUUACAACAUUUUGGUGACUUGGUCCGUAUGCAGAUACUCUGUUUAAACGGAGAAAUGUCAGCUGUUCGUUUAAACCCCGAAUGAAACACUAUGAUAAAUAACCAUAUCUACUAGUAAACGUAGUGUUAAACGCGAUUUUUACGAAUGUUCUUAACCAAGCGUGCUUUGUUUGCCUAGCAACCAAUUAAAGAAAUGAAUAAGAUUGAUUCUAGUUUCUGGUUGUUAGGCAACCAAGCGUAUUCAACUAAGGGUCAUUAUGCUAACACUACGUUUAACGCUAAACCACGUUUACUUCUAGACGGUUGCAUUUAUCAUGUGUUUCAUACGGGGUGAAAACGAACAGCUGACAUUUCUCCGUUUAAACAGAGUAUCUGCUUACGGGCCUAAAAACAGUCUUAUUAUUGUUUAUAAAUAAGGCACUGAAUUUUGAAACAGCAUUCAUCGUACUUCAGCUUUAAUUUAUUAUAAUUUACGGGUCGAAUAAAAUGGAAGGUGAAUCGAGACUACUGUUCUAAUUUAUAACUAUUAUAUUGUAGACUAUUGUACUUAUUAUUAUUUUGUUUGUACUCUUUGUUAUCACCAACGAUCUGAAAUACAUUUAAAAUAGAAAAUGUUUACUUUUUAAUGUUUCAUCUCCAAUAUCUAUUGAACAAAUCAGGUUAGAUUAGUUGGUAAGUUUUCUAUUGAGCCCAAUAAAAAAUGAUAAUAUAAGGUUGACUAUGUUAAAUUUUACGAAUCUAUUGCUUAUGUUAAUUUUUUAAUAGAAAUUUAUAGGGUAUUAAGAAAAUAGAUUUACUACGUAUUAAGGACUAGAUAUUAAAAAUUGUAAUUUUAGAAUGAGUCCAAUUGAAUAAACAGAUAUUAUUAA